AUGACAGCGGCUGUCAAUACUGACAGAAAUCCCAGAUAUAGAUCUACUCUCCCAUCCUCAUCCGCCGAGAUCGUGACGCUUGGGUCACCCGCAUCUCUUGUCCCCGUCACCGACUUCGAGGACAUCUUCAUGAUGUCUCCCAUCAACACCGAGGCAGAGACGGAGACUGACAACAACGCCGAUCCCUUGCCAAUGUCGUUCGAGGUCCCAUUAGGGCCUUUGUCCGGCUACGGCGGCGCUCCCAAGCCAGUCCCCAAGUACAAGAAGCCGGCUGCUCAGCUUACCAAGCCCGUGAGUGAGCAGCCUGACUAUGCGUACUUGUUCAAGGGCUAUGACGCAGAUGCUCUGGUUCUCACGGACCAGCAAAUCAACAGCCUUGGUCAAGCUGUUGAUGGCAACGAGCAGCAUCCUGCUGAGCCCACGAGCCUGUCGUCUCCCCUCUAUGGGGAGACUGACUCCGAUGACAGUGACCCGUUCAUCUAUGACCACGUCCCCACCAUCCUUCCCUCCUCGGCCUACUACGACACUUUCGACGAGGACGACAACUAUAAUGCUUCCGACGAGGGAGACUCUCUCUCUGACAACAAUUCCUUCGAGUAUGGAAGCGCUUUUGACUCCGACUACGACGAUGAUACCUUCGAGGUUCACGACACCAAUAACGACGAUGACGACGACGACAACGACCCCAGCGAUUCAAAUGAUGAUGAUGAUGAUGAAGGAGAAGGAGAAGAAGACCAGCAUGAAGAAGCAGAGGAAAAUGACUACUACAAUCCCGAGGACUACUUCACCGACACCAACAACUUCAACUACUACGAUGACAACGAAUCCGGCGACUCCUCCUCCCGUUGCAGCAACCUCGACUCGCACCCUUUGCACUUACCACCUCCCAUCUACGCCAUCGCACCGCAUUUGACGUAUCAAUCUCCCCCCACAGCACCCACCAUGCUGCCUCCUGUGCCGCACAACACGCCGCUCACUUUGCUAUCCAACGCACCGUCCACCAUCCCGCAUAACAACCCACGCUACUCUGAUCUCGGAACCCUCGAGAUUCUGAACCCGCAUAUCCGCAACAUGAUUUAUGGCUUCGUGCUUGCUGACUCUCCUACCAUAUCGUCUGAGGAAGUCGCCGGCGUUGAUUCUCACUUUGAUGUUGGUGUUCAGAACAGUACUACUGAUCGUAACAACAUGCUUCUUGUGUGCUGGGCUAUGCGUGAGGAAGUGUUGGACUUUUUGGCGCGGCCUUUUUCGAGUUCUGGUGAUGAAUCGGAAUAGUAAGGUUUGAUGUUCUUUAUCACGAUGGAAAGGUGAUUGUACA